AAAGUUGCUAGCUUCCAUAACCAUUGCGGCUGAGUCCAUUAUCAUUUGACAAUAGUGCCCUGACACAUAAAGAUGGCAGCUUCGCGUGCUCAGAAACAAAAUGCGAUAUCAGCAUUGUUCUUCGACUUAGAUAACACGUUGAUACCGACAAGAAAAGCGGAUACAUUGGCUUGUAUGAAGAUCGCCGAAUUACUGCACGACGAGCACAACAUAUCUCGCGAGCAGGCGUCCCUAAUUACCCAGAACUAUGUGAAAUCAUUUCGUCUCUGCCCCGACAACCUCGAAUGCGACCUAAACACGUGGCGCUGCCAUCUUUGGUCUAAGAGUCUCACCGAACAAUACAACCAUUUAACGCAGAGAGUCUAUUUAAAAUGGUUGCAAUUGAGAUAUUAUUAUCUUUCGAUCGACGACAACGUCAGAAAGAUGCUGAUCAGCUUGCGCAAGCAGUAUUUAUUGGGCCUGAUCACAAAUGGCCCAAGUUCCGCCCAGUGGGAGAAAGUGGAGAGAUUGAAUCUGACAAGUUUAUUCGAUUGCAUUAUAGUUUCGGGUGAUCUACCAUGGGCGAAACCGGAUCAGAAGAUAUUUUUGGAAGCAUGCAAAUAUCUUGGCGUUGAGCCAAAACGGUGCGUGAUGAUUGGCGACAAAUUGGAGACCGACAUACAGGGCGGUAUUGAAGCAGAACUUGGAUUAACCAUCUGGCUACCAUUAGACAAGAAUUGCGUUGUUGAGCACGAGUCUAUUCAGCCAGAUUUUACAAUAUCGAACAUCUUAGAACUUCCUCAAAUUUUACCACCUGCUGGAUUGAAAUCUGCGGCUUACAGGUCGAGGGCAGUUGGAAACCAUCAGCUUCAGAAUGGUGAUAAGUCACUGAAUUACUUGCAGAAUCGUAGAAUGUUGUCUAUGCCUGAAUUCGAAGAUUGCAAUAGCAAUAGCUCAGAUGGAAGUUGAUGCCACUUGCUGAAACGGUUUGGAGAUCAUUUCUUUGUUUUUGACCAACGUCUGUUGAAAUAAGAAUUCUAAUUGAAAACUACCAAAGCAUGCUGUAGAUUCAUGUUUCUAAAC